AUGGCCAUAUUUAGAAGUAAAUCGUCGAAUAAAGUUCCUAAGCAGUCCAAGCACCCUCAGCAAGCAGAUGAUAUAGAUAUCAAAAUCACAGCUAAGGAUCAACAACAGUAUAAGUACCAUUCUACUGCAGUGCAUGACCCUAUUCUUACCGCAGUUAAUGAAGCACAACCAUUUGAGCAAGCGGCACAAAGGCUCGAUAAUCGUCGUCCUUCUUAUUUAUCUAAUGAAUCAAACGAUUUGAAAGAUAUAUUUGGCCAACCGAUACGCAAUACCGAUAUGUCUAAUCCUACAAGAUCAAGAAAUGAAAGACCAUUAGAUACUAUAAGAGGGUUUGAAUAUGCUAUAACCGGAGACGUCUCUUAUCGUGACCAGUUGGAAUCAAGUAGGUUGGGCUGGGGCUUCCAUGAAGAUUUCCCUUAUUAUAAUUUAGUGCCCGGUGGAGAUCAGAGACAGCAGGAACAACAGCACAGUAGACCAGUGAUUAAUUUUGAUGACCAGCCAGUAUACCAAGCUGGAAAUUAUAGCGCUUCAAGCUUACAAGCUGAUACCGGAAAGAAAAAGAAGAAGAGAGGAUUAUUUGGAAGAAAGAAGUAG